UAUGGGUGCUGCGUGCUGCCGAUGUGACGUUGGUUACGUUACAUUUUUAUAGCAUCAUUGCAGCUAGCCGACAUUUGCACACCUUGAUGUGAUGCAAAGAGACCGUUUUUUAAUUUAAUUUAAUUUAAUUUGUAUCGUUAAGCUUUAAAACGUGUCGUCUGUAUACAACUAGGUGAGGUCUCAAGGGAAAAUAUUAACAGUUGCGUCAAGCUUAUAACAAGUUGUCAGCGUUAUUAGCUAUUAAACGAUAACAGUGAAAGGCUAAUGGGAUUAGGCUAACGUGCUAGCAGUGAGCGUUCCCCGUGUCAACACAUUAUUUUCGGAACUAAAAUAAUUUACGUCAAGAGGGUGAAGGCAUGUCGUUGGCAUCCUGAGGUACAUUACAGACAGUCAUGGUUGGUGACAAAUGAAAGCGGCACUUGUGAGUUAACGCUAGUUAUAAACGACCUGCGUCUGCGGAGUGUGGAGAAAUGAACACGCCGCUCGGGAGGAACGGGUUAAUCGGGCUUGCUGUCGGAGCUACAGCCGGUUGUGGCUUGAUUGCCUUCAUAAUAUACAAGGAGAUCGUUAGGAGAAGAUCCCAGAGACUGGUGGUGGAGGCCCGGCCAGAUUCCCGGCUGUUUGACGGGGUGGAUAAAGCCGUGCUGCUGCGGGAUGCCAUGGAUGCACAGGAGGUUGAGGCCCAGCAGCAGGCUCUGGCAGCGGUGGAGGCAGUGGUGCAGGGCCUGUCCCCGGAGCAACAGCUGGAGUUUAGGAACCAGCUGGACGAUGUGCUGACCUGCGUGGCCUCACUGCGCUCAGAGGUGGCUGAGCUGAGGGGCGGCCUGCAGGACAUCGCCCAGCAGAUUAUCCAGGAUGUCAAUUACGUUGGUCCCACAAAAGGUGAAGGUGGGGAGAGUCCGAAAGCAGCACCCGACAACCAUCCUAUUGAUGUAGGCGUAUCAUCGGCCGGUAUCUCCAGGGCCGCGAAAAAGGGAGUGGAGGACAGUCAGCGGGUACGUCGGCGGCGCCAUUUCGUCCACAGGGAACGCAAUGACUCCACCGGCUCCAGCUCCAUCUACUUCACUGCCAGCCAGGGCGUGGCCAGCACGUAUGAAACGACCAGCGAAGGAGGGUACUCGACGGCCUACGCUGAGUCCGACUACACCGAUCGUGACACAGACAAAGAGGAGGGUGAGCAGGAGCCUGAACAGGAGUCUGAGGAAGAGGAGGAAAGGAGCUGUGCCACUGUCCUCACCAUUCGCCAGGAAGACUCCCAGGAAGAAGAAGAAGAAGUGGAGGAGAGAGGGCUGGAGGAGGAGGAUGAGGAGGAAGAUAAGGGGAGGCUUCAGCUGGUGACUGAAGUUCCCAGUGGGGAGCUAGCUCUCCUCCUGGCUCAGAGUGACAUCCUCCACACAGGAGACGCCAGUUUAAAGGCAGAGGGCUUUCGCCUGCUGCUAGACAACAGAGCAGAGUAUGGAGACAGCAGGGAGUUUCUAUGGCGACUGGCUCGGGCAUACAGGGAUAUGUACGAAUCCACCGAGGAUAAACAAGAGAAGAGGGCCUACGCACAACAAGGUCGAGAGGAGGCCGAGCUGGCCCUGAAGAAGAACGGCCUGAAUGCAGAGUGUCACAAAUGGUUUGCCGUGCUGACAGAACUGACCUCCCAGCAUGAUAGCAUGCAUAGCAAACUGAAGAGCAGCCAUAUAUUAAAGGAGCAUCUGGACCGUGCACUCGCCCUCAGAGAUGAUGACCCCAUGUGUUUCUACCUGCUUGGCAGAUGGUGCUAUGAGGUAGCCACUCUGGACUGGUUGGAGCAGAAGGCAGCGGCUGCCCUCUACCAGAGCCCCCCCACCUCCACACUGCAUGACGCGCUUGAGAACUUUCUCAAGGCAGAGGAACUCAGCCCAGGUUUCUCCAAGACCGUGAGACUUUACAUCGCACAGUGUCACAAGAAGCUGGGAAACCUCUCUGAGGCCACAAACUGGACUGAGCUGGCUCUGAAGAUGCCCACAAACUCUAAUUAUGAUGAAACGACUAAACUGGAGGCUCAGCUUCGAGUCUUAACUGACAGAAAAACCUGAAAUUCUUUGUUCCUGAGAUCCAGCAGAUGAAGCCACUCAGCCGAUGGCACUGAUUGGCUAGUCAGGCCGCCAGUCCGUGUCCAUCCAAUCGGCACUUUUUUUUUUCUUUUCCUUUGUUGGUGGAUAUCUACAUACUGUCACUGUGAAAUGGAGUUUAUUGAUAUGAUUGUAUAUUUAUUUUCUUUAAUAUUGCUUAAUUGAGUCAAGUUUGCUUUAAGUAGUACAUAUUUUAAUGUAUAUGGUAUAUUUUAAAGGUAUAAUAUGUAGGAGCCAGACAUACAGAGAAGAGAGAGCGCAGCAGGGGUUGAGCGAGCUAGAGAGUGAAUGAAGAGAGGGGGCGACCAAAGCAUCAGGAAUAAAAUGCUCUUCUCUCAUUGGCUCACAUCGGUUAUGUCCUAAAGCAUAAACCCACACAGUCGCCAGAAGGUGCCACGUUGUCGGAAUAUGAGUCAACGCAGAGCUUCAUCCGUCUGUUUCUUUCAUGAGUAAAAUAGAGACUUUGACCCAGGAGAUCGGGAUCGCUUUUUUUAGCCUUCCCCAAUGUUUGUUUUCCUAAGCGUGUGACGUUGGUCACAGUUGUUUUUGUCAUUUAUUUUUUU